AUAUGGAUGGAGCCAUCAGCCAUUUUACACAGCACAUUCCCUUCUUCACCCUCAAAAAAGAAAGAAAAAGGAAUUAUGCAACUCAUGACUCCGUUUAUAUAUUUAACUACAAUUCUCCUCCCAUUUCCUGGAGUUUCCCUGCAGCUAUAGCCUGUUCUUUCAAAGAUGGCUGGAAUAGCCUUUGGUCGCUUUGAUGAUUCUUUCAGUUUAGGCUCUCUCAAAGCUUAUCUUGCUGAAUUUAUCUCAACUUUGCUCUUCGUUUUUGCUGGUGUUGGCUCAGCCAUGGCUUACAAUAAGCUGACAGGCGAUGCAGCUCUGGAUCCAGCUGGGCUAGUAGCCAUUGCUGUUUGCCAUGGAUUUGCGCUCUUUGUUGCAGUUGCUGUUGGUGCCAACAUCUCCGGUGGCCAUGUCAACCCUGCUGUCACUUUUGGCUUGGCUCUUGGUGGUCAAAUGACCGUCCUCACCGGCAUCUUCUACUGGAUUGCCCAACUCCUUGGCUCCAUCGUUGCAUGCUACCUUCUCAAAGUUGUCACCGGAGGCUUGGCAGUCCCCAUCCACAGUGUUGCAGCUGGAGUAGGAGCCAUUGAAGGAGUCGUCAUGGAGAUCAUCAUCACAUUUGCCUUGGUUUACACUGUCUAUGCAACUGCUGCGGAUCCCAAAAAGGGAUCCCUCGGCACCAUUGCCCCCAUUGCCAUCGGUCUCAUUGUUGGCGCCAACAUCUUGGCUGCAGGCCCAUUUUCUGGUGGAUCCAUGAACCCAGCCCGCUCCUUUGGGCCAGCUGUGGCUAGUGCCGCUUUUGUCUUUGUAAGAAAGAAAGGGAAGCAGAUUAUGCUAUUCUUCCUUGCCCUUUUUUUCUUUUUUUAAAAAAAA